CGCAUGCGCCUCGGCGAUCCCGUCUUGCUCCGCGGCUUCUGGCGGCGGCGACGGCCGAGCUGCGCGGCUCUGAGGUAGUCUGGAGUAUGGCAAACGAGAGACUCCCCCACCUAGGUCGGACUCAGGAGCAAGGCUGUUUACAAAGUCAGCCUGUCAGCCAGGAUGAAGAAAUGGCAGUCCAGCAAGGAAAUGGCGUGCCAGACACAGGGCUGGAGGAGAGCCUCCCGUCGUGCUCCUCUGGUGAUGGGCUCUCAGCCUUGGCCCAGGGCCCGUUGGGCUCCUCCGGUGAUGGGCUGUCCGCCUCGGCUGAGGGUGGUGCCCUGGGAGCUCCGAGGAGAGGGCCAGCCUUGUUGCAGAUAGACAGGCACCAGAUCCAGGCGGUGGAGCGGAGUGCCCAGGCCCUUGAACUGCGGGGUUUGGGUGUGGACGUCUAUGACCAGGAAGUGCUGGAGCAGGGUGUGCUUCAGCAGGUGGAUGACGCCAUCCAUGAAGCCAGCCGUGCGGCCCAGCUUGCCGACGCAGAGAAGGAGUAUCGGUCGGUCCUGGACGACCUCACGUCAUGCACAACAUCGCUCAGGCAAAUCAAUAAAAUUAUUGAACAGCUUAGCCCUCAAGCUACCACCAGCAGAGACAUCAACAGGAAACUAGAUUCUGUGAAGCGACAGAAGUACAAUAAGGAACAACAGCUAAAGAAGAUCACGGCAAAACAAAAACGCCUUCAGGCCAUCCUUGGGGGAGCAGAGGUGAAUAUUGAAAUGGAUCUUGCCAGUUUGGAGGAGGAUGCAGAGCCGGGGCCAUCUUGUCUGGGCAGCAUGCUCAUGCCUGCUCAGGAGACUGCGUGGGAGCAGCUCGUCCGCACUGGCCAGAUGACGCCUUUUGGUACCCAGAUCCCUCAGAAACAGGAGAAGAAGCCUAGAAGACUAAUGCUCAAUGAAGCAUCAGGCUUUGAAAAGUAUUUGGCAGAUCAAGCAAAAUUGUCUUUUGAAAGGAAGAAGCAAGCUUCUAAUAAAAGAGUGAGGAGGAAAGCUCAGGCCUUGGCUACUUCUGAGUCGAAUCCAACACAAAGUGAAAACAAACAAAAUGAGAGAAGUGCAGUUCCCUCAAAAACGGAGAAGCGCUUGAAAAAGCAUAUCAGGAAACUCCAGAGGAGGGCUCUUCAAUUCCAGGGGAAAGUAGGAUUGCUGAAGAGAGCGAAACCAGUGGAAGCAGACGGCCAGAUAGGAGAUGGAGCCUCUGAGAGCGAAGAAUCUGAGGACUUACCUGAGGCAGAGGAGGAAGACCAGGUGGCCGAGGCCAACCUGCCUGAAGGUGGCGCCGAUUAUGAACUGAAGCCUCUGCUCAAAGGUAGGAAACGGCAGAAGAAAGCCACGGUGCGGGAGCUUGAUGAAGACUUUAUCCCAAGUUCUGGAGAAGAAACUGAAGCAGGAGGAGCAGGCCGCAAGGCAGCGAGAUGGCGAGACGAUGGAAACGAAGAUUAUUACCAGCAGCGCCUAAGGAGAUGGAAUAAACUGCGACUGCAGGACAAAGAGAAGUGUCUAACGCUGGAGGACAGUUCUGAGGACAGCGAUGCUGAAUUUGACGAAGGUUUUAAAGUGCCAGGUUUCCUGUUCAGAAAGCUCUUUAAGUACCAGCAGACAGGUGUUAGGUGGCUGUGGGAAUUGCACUGCCAGCAGGCAGGAGGAAUUCUGGGAGACGAAAUGGGAUUGGGCAAGACCAUCCAGAUAAUUGCCUUCUUGGCAGGUCUGAGCUACAGCAAGAUCAGGACUCGUGGUUCAAAUUACAGGUUCGAGGGGUUAGGUCCAACUGUAAUUGUCUGUCCAACGACAGUGAUGCAUCAGUGGGUGAAAGAAUUUCACACGUGGUGGCCUCCGUUCAGAGUGGCAAUACUGCAUGAUACCGGUUCCUAUACCCACAAAAAGGAGAAACUAAUUCGAGAUAUUGCUCGUUAUCAUGGAAUCUUGAUCACUUCCUACUCCUACAUUCGACUGAUGCAGGAUGACAUUAGCAGGCACGACUGGCAUUACGUGAUCUUGGAUGAAGGACACAAAAUUCGAAACCCAAAUGCUGCCAUUACCCUUGCUUGCAAACAGUUCCGCACCCCUCAUCGCAUCAUCUUGUCGGGCUCACCGAUGCAGAAUAACCUCCGAGAGCUGUGGUCGCUCUUUGACUUUGUCUUCCCGGGAAAGUUAGGAACGUUGCCGGUAUUCAUGGAGCAGUUCUCUGUCCCCAUCACCAUGGGGGGGUAUUCAAACGCUUCCCCAGUGCAGGUUAAAACUGCAUAUAAGUGUGCAUGUGUCUUACGAGAUACCAUAAAUCCAUACCUGCUGCGGAGAAUGAAGUCAGAUGUCAAAAUGAGCCUUUCUUUACCAGAUAAAAAUGAACAGGUUUUAUUUUGCCGUCUCACAGAUGAACAGCAUGAAGUCUAUCAGAAUUUCAUUGAUUCCAAAGAAGUUUACAGGAUUCUUAACGGAGAGAUGCAGAUUUUCUCUGGACUUGUAGCCCUAAGGAAAAUAUGCAACCACCCAGAUCUGUUUUCUGGGGGUCCCAGGCAUCUCACAGGCCUUCCGGAUGGUGAAUCAGAGGAAGAUCAGUUUGGGUACUGGAAACGCUCUGGGAAAAUGAUAGUCGUUGAGUCCUUGUUGAAAAUAUGGCACAAGCAGGGCCAGCGAGUAUUGCUGUUUUCUCAGUCAAGACAGAUGCUGGACAUACUUGAAGUAUUCCUAAGAGCCCGAAAGUAUUCCUACCUCAAGAUGGACGGUACCACUACAAUAGCUUCAAGACAACCGCUGAUUACACGGUACAAUGAGGACACAUCCAUAUUCGUGUUUCUUCUGACCACACGCGUGGGCGGCAUAGGAGUCAACCUGACGGGAGCAAACAGAGUCAUCAUCUAUGACCCCGACUGGAAUCCAAGCACAGACACACAGGCCCGGGAGCGAGCAUGGAGAAUAGGCCAGAAGAAGCAGGUGACUGUGUACAGGCUUCUAACUGCAGGCACCAUUGAAGAGAAGAUUUACCACCGUCAAAUCUUCAAGCAAUUUUUAACCAAUAGAGUGCUAAAAGAUCCCAAACAAAGGCGAUUUUUCAAAUCCAACGACCUUUAUGAGCUGUUCACCCUGACCAGCCCUGACCCAUCCCAGAGCACUGAGACAAGUGCUAUUUUUGCAGGAACUGGUUCAGAUGUUCAGACACCCAAACGCCAUUUAAAAAGAAAAAUGCCACCGGCCUUUGGGAUAGACCGUGACGUUCCGAAAUGUCAAAGAUUUCCAGAUUCUAAUAUAUCUGCAAAUGAUGCCACGUCACCUGAAGAAAAACCUAAGUCUGUAGAAGCGGAAGCACAUGUGGCAACUUCUAAGUACGGCGAUCCUGUGAAAGGUGACCCUCAAACAGGCAAUGCUCUAACUAGCAGCGAUUCACUUUUAGAAGAGAAAUAUUUGCAGGUAGAUACAGUUCCCAGACUCGAGGAGCCAUUGAUGGUUAGUGGAAACAGGGAAUGUUCAGAUUCUCCAAGAGUCAGUAAAACAUGUGGGACACGUGCUGAGGAAAGCACUGGUGAACAGCAAGGUCUGCCCCGUACCGGAGAAAGCCGCCAGGUUCAGACAGAGCCUCUUGCGGAGAACGGACAAGUGGGGAAUCAUUUUUAUAAGCACAAGUCAAAAACAAAACAUCACGAUGUGGUAGAAGAGGAGACCCUGGAGAAAAGUCUGAGACGGGAGGAGAAGCCUAAGCGCUCUAAGCAUUGCAGAGACGCCAAGUUUGAAGGAACUCGAAUUCCACACUUGGUGAAGAAAAGGCAGUACCAGAAGCAAGACAUUGCAAACGAGAGUGAGGUGAAGGACCGGAACAAUGAUGAUUAUGUUUUGGAAAAGCUUUUCAAAAAAGCAGAUUCCUACUUCGUACAGUCCACAUUCUGAUUAUUAAAUGGAUGUCCGCAGCUGUUUCUUCUCAUUUUGAGUCGUGCCAUAUCAGCAAAUGAAGGUCCUGAAAGCUUGACUCCAUCCACGUCAUUAAGAUUCACCCGACUUUGAGGACGCAGCUCUUCCCCAGUCACCGUUUGAGUGCCUUCCGAUACGAGGAACUCACCUUCUGACACUAUAUCAAACAGUGUUCUGCUGCUAUUCAUAAGGUGUGCAGUGGCCAGUUUUUUCAGUAGACCGCUGAGACCUUUUUCCUAGUCUGCCUUUGUCUGGAAGCUCCCCUAAAACCUGUACAUGAUGGUAUUUGAUGUAUCAGUGGCAUAGCUUCCAGUAUCACAGCAAUACCCAAGCCAUCGCAGUACAGCAAACUGACGAAUUUGUGGUGGAGUGUCUAGUCAAAAUACUCUGUUCAAGGGUUGUUUGGGUGGAUUCUGUUCCCCCUUUGUUGUGGUGUGUUAUCCAUUAAACUAUGGUUAGGUUCAUUUGUUUCUGUGUAUGUUACUUUAGGAGCCCACCCCAUCCUUGUUGAUUUUGUUUUAUUUGGGGGACAUAUGUGAGGCGUUAACAUAGUCAGAAAAGUAAAAACUAUACAUAACAUAUUCUCAGAGAUGUGUAACUCUCGCAGCCCAACCCCAUCCUUCCCAGUCCCACCUCCCAACCCCCAGGGAUAAUCAUUCUCAGUAGUUUCAGGUUUAUUCUUUCUGUGGUUUUGGCGUGUGUGUGUGAAAAUGAUAAACGUGUAUUUUCCUUUCUUACACAAAAGGUAGCAUAAUAUAUACUCUUCUAUGCCUUUUUAAAAACAUACAUAUAUAUUCUGGAAAUCACCAUAUUAGUUCACAGAGAGCUUUCUCAUUCUUUUUUAUAGCUAGAGCAGUGUACUAUGGUUUAUUAACAUAAGGCCGUUUAGCUCAUUUAUGGCUUUUUCAGUUACAAGCCACGCUACAAUAAACAGUCUUCUGCUUGUGAAAGAAUAUCUUCAUGAAAAAUGCCUAGAAGAUAAAAGGUGAACACUUACGUGGUUUUCUUUUUUUUUUAAGAUAAUGGUAAACUCUCUUCUGUAAGGUUUAUAUCAUAUUAUCACUAGCAGUAUGCGAGAGUACCUGUUACCCACAGCCUUGCCAGAAGAGUGUGUUAUACUUUUUAAUUUUUGCCAAUCUGCUAGGUGAGAAAUAUGGUUUUGAUUUGCAUUUAUUUUAUUAUAAGUGAAACUGAAUACCUUUUAGGGCCUUUUUUUUUUUUCCAGUAAACCAGGAUUUGGAUUUAUUAGAUCCAUGGUUGCUUUUUUUCUCUGCCUCAUUAAUUUUUACAUUUAUCUUUAUCACUUUCUUCGUUGGGUUUUUUUUUUUCUUUUUAUAGUUUUCAGUUGAAAACUUAAUUGAUUUUUUUUCUCUCAUUUUUAUCAACAUAAUUGUUUACAGCUAUGAAUUUUCCUCUGAUCACUGCAUUAAAUGUAUCCCGUGGAUUAUGAUACGGUGUUUUUUUGUGUGUGUGUGUGCUUUAAGUUUACAAAUGAAGUCAGUCUUUCAUACAAAAAUUUAUAUGCUCCUAAUUGCUCUCCACGUAAUGAGACAGCACACUCCUUCCUGCCACUCUCUCUUUUCGCAUCUAUUCGGCCAGCUUCUGACCGCCUCUGCCCUCUCAUCUCCCCCUCAGACAGGAAAUGCCAGCAUGGUCCCAUGUGUCUACUUGAUCUAAGAAGCUCAUUCUUCACCAGUAUCAUCAUCUUCCCAUUGUCCGGUCCAAUCCCUGUCUGAAGAGUUGGCUUUGGGAAUGGUUCCCGUCUUGGGCUAACAGAAGGUCUGGGAACCAUGACCACUGGGGUCCUUCUAAUCUCAGUCAGACCAUUAAGUCUGGUCUUUUUAUGUGAAUUUGGGGUCUGCAUCCCACUGCUCUCCUGCUCCCUUAGGGGCUCUCUGUUGUGUUCCCUGUCAGGGCAGUCAUUGGUUGUAGCUGGGCACCAUCUAGUUCUUCUGGUCUCAGGCUGAUGUAGUCUCUGCUUUAUGUGGCCCUUUCUGUCUCCUCGGCUCAUAAUUACCUUGUAUCUUUGGUGUUCUUCAUUCUCCUUUGCUCCAGGUGGGUUGAGACCAGUUGAUGCAUCUUAGAUUGCCAUUUGCUAGCAUUUAAGACGCCAGACGCCACUUUCCGAAGUGGGAUGCAGAAUGUUCUCUUAAUAGAUUUUAUUAUGCCAGUUGACUUAGAUGUCCCCCAAAACCAUGGUCCCUAAACCCCCACCCCUGCCACACUGGCCUUUGAAACGUUCAGUUUAUUCAGGAAACUUCCUUGCUUUUGGUUUAGUCCAGUUGUACUGACCUCUCCUAUAUUGUGUGUUGUCUUUCCCUUCACCUAAAAUAGUUCUUAUCUACUAUCUAAUUAGUUAAUACCCCUCUCCCUCCCUCCCCGAAUAUAUUCUCCUCUGUUUUAACUGUUUCUCAAGUUCUUAUAAUAGUAGUCUUAUACAAUAUUUGUCCUUUUGCAACUGACUAAUUUCACUCAGCAUAAUGCCUUCCAGAUUCCUCCAUGUUAUAUGUUUCACAGAUUCAUCAUGGUUCUUUAUCAAUGCGUAGUAUUCCACUAUGUGACUGUACCAUAUUUUAUCCAUUCAUCCGUUGUUGGGCACCUUGGUUACUUCCAUCUUUUUGCUAAACAGUGCUGCAGUGAACGUAGAUGUUCAUAUAGCUGUUUGUGUAAAGGUUCUUAUUUCUCUAGAAUAUGUUCCAGGGAGUGUGAUUACUGGAUCAUAUGGUAGUUGUAUUUCUAGCUUUUUAAGGAAGCGCCAAAUCGAUUUCCCAAGUGGUUGUGUCAUUUUACAUUCCCACCAGCAGUAUAUAAGUGUUCCAGUCUGUCCACAACCUCUCCAACAUUUAUUAUUUUGUGUUUUUGGGAUUAAUGCAAGCUCUUUUUGGAUUGUUGUUUGCUUGGUAUAUUUUUUCCCAUCCUUUGAGUUUUAGUUUGUGUCUCUAAGUCUAAGGUGUGUCUCUUGUAGACAGCAUACAGAUGGAUCGUGUUUUUUUUUAUCCAUUGUGCCAUUCUUUGUCUCUUUAUUGGUGUAUUUAGUCCAUUUACAUUGAGUGUAAUUAUGGAUAGGUAUGAAUUUAGUGCUGUCAUUUUGAUGUCUUUGUGUGUUGUUGACAGUUUCUUUUUCCCACUUAAUUUUUUGUGCUAAGUAAGUAGUUUAUAUAUUGUCUUUUCCUCUUAUUUGUUUUUGUUGAUUUUGUUUCUGCUGAGCAUCUAUUUUUUUUCUUCUUCUUCUAUUUUAUUUUGAUGUGUAGGAUAGUUUGUCUCCUUUGUGGUUACCUUAAUGUUUGCCCCUAUUUUUCUAAAUUGAGAUCUAACUUAUUUCUUUCUAUUGCCUUGUCUUCCUCUCCAUGUGAAAGAUCUAUGACUGCAUUUCUUAGUCCCUCUUUAUUGUUUU